UUCGAGCAAGAGGAUAACUAACAGAAAGAGGAAACGCAGACACACACACGAACACAGGGAGAGAACAGAGAAGGAGCAAUAGCAAUGGCCGUGAUCUCCACAGUUUGCCCACCAUCUCUCCUGUCAGUUCAAACCCUUCGCAGCCACAGAUUCCAGAAGAAUGGUGCUACCUGCUCACCAAGAACUACAACUUUCAGAGUCAGGGCUGUGAAGAUUCCUGCAGGAGUUCAAGUGCCAAGGGCGCAGCCUAAGCUCAGUGAGCCGUUCCUAGGAUUCACCAAGACCGCGGAGGUCUGGAACUCCAGGGCCUGCAUGAUGGGCCUCAUCGGGACCUUCAUCGUUGAGCUGAUUCUGAACAAAGGUGUUCUUGAGAUAAUUGGUUUCGAAGUGGGGAAAGGCCUCGACAUUCCUUUGUAGUUCGUUCUCACUCCCUGCCUCUCUGCUGCUGAUGUUCAUAUAUGAGUCGCAGAAAACGGUUGUAGCCAUCAGUGGCCAUGCUAUAUAUAUUGUACUAAAUACAUAGUCAAACUAUUAACAUUCCAUUACUUGUUACUCAUUUUA